AUGAAGGUGGCAGUCCUGUGUUUAUGCCUCACCAGCAUUGCUGCUGCAUGGCCAGUGAGUAAGCCCAAGCAGCACGCCGUUUCUGCCAGCUCCGAAGAAAAAUAUGACCCCAGGGGCCACCACUCAUACAAAUACCAACACCAUGUGAAUUCUCAGUCUUGGGAGAGUCUGCAGCAUGAGUCUCAGGAUGACCUGGAGUCCCCUCAGCAGACUCUUUACUCUUCAGAGGAAAGUGUGGAUGUCCCAGUACAAACGCACGCUCCUGACGUGUCAAGCAAGAGCCAUGAAGAUGUGGAUGACAACGACGACAACGAUUCCAACGACACGGAUGAGUCUGAUGAAGUUGUCACAAGUUUCCCCACCGACAUCCCGGUAACCUUCCCCCCCUUCCCUUUCUCCCGGGGGGACAACGCUGGCAGAGGCGACAGCGUGGCCUACAGGGCGAGGGCAAAGGCCACGGUGGUGAGGUCCGGCAAACUCCGCAAAGCUGCCAAGCAGCUCCUGGGGUACGACACCGCAGAGGAGGAUGAGAGCGCCCUGGAUGCGGCCAGCCAGCAAGCAGGGCUGCCCUGGGGGGCUCCUGCUGCCCGCCGCUCCCUGGGCAAGCACGACAUCAGCGGGGAAUGGGCCGACAAGGGCCAGGGGCACGACAGCCUGGAGCUGGGCAGCAAGCAGCACCACCACAGCAUGGAAAACGACAGCCGGCAGAAAUUUGAUAGCCACGAGGCAGAAGAUGAUAGCCAGGCUGGUGUUUUUUUAGAAAGCAGGGAGAGCCAGGUCCGAGUUUCAGCUGAGAUCCCCGACGAUAAGAGCAAUCAAACACUGGAGAGUGCCGAGGAUGCUCGAGAUCGUGACAGCAUCAAAAACAAUGAAGUCACCCUUUAA